AUGGAGUUUACUUGCGUUGCUGUUGGAUCCUUUCAUCAAGGGGAUUCAAAAUUCACUGACAGCAACAAUUCUCAAUGUGUUGCUAAUGCGGCAUGUGCAUUAGCUUGGCAAGUGUUCCGCGGGGGAUUUAGUACUCAUGCUGUUGAUGAAAUACUCAUGGCCGGCGAUCGCUUGUACAAGAAUUCUCGCCUUGAGUACAACGUUGUCAGCAGAUACUUGUUUCCCGAGGAACUUGCCAAGAGCUUCAAUAUUGAAGACCAGCACGUUUCCGUCGAGGAAAUCUCGUACGUGCACAACGGAUUGUAUCCGACUAGUGUGGAUGGCUUGGAUGAGGCCGUUCAAUCCUUGACAUCUGUCUUGGAAAAUAUUAUGUCCGCCGAUUCCCUCGACGGCGGGUUUUUGUUCACGGGGCAAUUAGUGACUGUGGCCUUUUGGCGUCACCGAGAAAACUUAUAUCUCUUUGACUCCCACGCCGUGAAUAAUAUCCGCCGUAGAGAUGUUGUCCCCGAUAACAACAAAGCGAGGCUAUUUCAAUGUGGGAGUUUCACUGCAUUGGCCUCACUUUUAUUGGCAAAUUCCGCGUUCGUCGGUGGAGAGUACAGCAUCAUGAGACUCAAGUUUUCGAUUGACUGUACAAACCAACCGAUCGAACAUGCGGUUAUUGAUCCUGAUCCUAUUCCCCCCUCCCCGACGGUUUCAGAUCCCAUAUUGGAUGGCAAAAAAGGUCCUGGCAGACCUAAAAAGGUAAAACGCGGGCGUCCGAAAGUUUUGGACACUACGCAUGACGAGCAAGUGCAAGCGGCAAAGAAGAAGUACAGAGAGACGCACUCUGAUGACAUCAGAGAGAAAAAAAGUCAGUACUCCCAGAACCAUCCUGAGGUGAACAGGGAGGCUGUUGGCCGUUACAGCCAAAACCACCCCGAGGUCAACAGAGCUGCUGUUGGCCGUUACAGUCAAAAUAACCCUAGCAUACACCGGAAGGCUGUUCGAGAGUACGACUUGCGUCAUCCCGGAGCUUCUUCUGGAAGAGUGCAGAUUUUCCGUCUGAAAAAUCCUCUAUUUACCGAUCUUCGUCACUUGCCAGCUUCACUUGCUCGAAGCAUUUCUGAUCACGGUCCAAUGGGGUCUUGGAAGGGGGAGCUGUUGAAUGAUAUUCCAGCUUUUAGUCUUAAAAAAGUUAGUCUUUGGGACAAUGAUAUUUUUAAAUGUAUGCACUGUGGCGCUCCACUUUUUGAGGAGGAAAAAGGUAGGAAGAAGUGGUGUUGCGGACAAGGGGCAUACAACGUCCUUAAUCUAAGCCCCCUUGAUGCAUCCUUCUAUUCGGAUCGGCGUUUUCUCGAUAGGGCUCGUGCCUACAACGACCUGUUUGCGUUCUGUGCUUUAGAGGUAUCUGGUGGGUACAGGCACCCCAGUGGUCUCUCUUUCUUUAAAAUCGAAGGGAGAAUGUACCACCAGGUCUACAAUCUGUCCGACCCUGGUCAAAAGUUUACCACUAAGGCUGGGGACGUUCAGUUUGUGAACCGGUCCCGUCUUUACAUCGACGACGGUGAAGAACGGCGGAACAUUGCCUUGGGUAGAUCACUUGACGGUGACGUUGUUGACUCUAUCAAUCGAUACCUGUCACAGCAGAAUCCAUACGUCACUCACUAUCGGCGUUUGGGUAGUGAGCCAGCUGUGAACGCUCACUUGGAUUUCCAGGUGACAAGUAGAUCUACCCAUGGUCCCGUUCUAGGCGACAGGCAAACAGGCGUUGAGGUGCACGCUGUCAUAAGCACCGACGAGACAGUUUACGAGCCCCGCAAGCUAUCCGUAUGGAAAGUUGGAUCCGGAAGACCCACUUCUAUCAACCUUUUCAGUCCCCUCAUGGAACCCUUCCAGUACCCUCUGCUCUAUCCUCAAGGCACUUUGGGCUGGCAUAUUGGUCGCCGCGACAAUUUUAACAACAAAUUGUCCCAGUAUGAUUAUUCCCGUUGCCUUCUGCUGUCUGAGCCUCGUUUCUCACACCUCGGCCGACUGUCUCAAGCUUGGCAGGUCGAAAUGUAUGCCAGAUACGAGGACGAGAAGCUCAACUACAUCAAGUUCACGCAGACGAAGGCAGCUGAAAAUGCCAUGAGGAUAGGGCCGUUGGAUGAGAUUGAAGCGGCGAAUCGUGGUGGACGGCAAGUGCUCAACGACAUUAACAAUGACGAGACAGUUCAGGGGGAGGGUGGGGUACAGGCUGGCAAAGUUUACCUCCCAAGUUCGUUUACCGGGGGGCCGAGAUAUAUGAAACUUCGAUAUGAGAAUGCUAUGGCAUUGGUCUCACGUCUCGGCUUCCCCACAUUUUUUCUCACAUUCACUUAUAGUGCGACUUGGGAGGAGAACAAAAAAGCCUGUCCUCGAAAUAGCGGUCGCAGUGAUCCCAGCACGGCCUGCAGAGUUUUCUAUAUCAAACUGCUGGAACUCCUCCGUGAUUUGCGCAGCGGAGCUAUGUUCGGUCGGUCUAUCUACAUAGUCCACGUCAUCGAGAUGCAGAUGCGGGGUCUUCCACAUGCCCACAUCGUGUUCAAAAUCGAUGGCGAUGGACCAGUGCAGGCUUCGGACAUAGACUCCCUCAUCCGCGCUGACAUUCCAUCUCCGGAGGAGGCUGGAGGCCGAUUAAGGGCGUUGGUUCUGCGGCACAUGAUCCACGGCCCUUGUGGUACGGAUCACAGGACCGACUUCCCUUGCUGGGACACUGCCAAAGGCAGCUGUUCUAAAUUUUUCCCCAAACCUCCCUGUGAAUCAACCCAUGUAGACGAGAGGGGUUUUGUAAAAUAUCGACGUGAUUAUGGUAAUGAGGGGAGUAUAACUUCAAGAAACAAAUCGAUUCCUGUACAUGACGGCUGGGUCGUGCCGUACAACGCAGCAUUACUUCUUAAAUACGAGGCACACAUCAACUUGGAGGUAGCUUCUACUCGUCGUGUGAUCAAGUAUCUGUUUAAAUACCUCAUGAAGGGUGGCUCGCUUCAGAACGUCAAAGUUACUCCUCUUAGUAAACAAGACGAUGAAGUUGAGCACUACGUCACGAAGCGUAUGGUGGGAGCCAGCGAUGCAUGCUGGCGUCUCUUGGACUUUCCCAUCUCAAAGUCUGAGCCGACAGUCGAUUGUCUCCCUGUCCACCUAGAGGGAAAACAGACUGUGUGUUUUCGCCCUAACAACUUGACACACGCCACUUCGGGAGCUACCUCUGACCUGCUCUUGUAUUUCAAUAGGCCUCUUGACUCGGUAUUCGACGAUUUAACCUACCAGUCUUUUUUCGAGCAGUACGUUAUUCAUAACAAACGCCCUAGUAAUGCUGAGGUGUACGACCAUCCAGACGGCAAGCAUUUCCUUACCUCAAGAAAGCGUGGUCAAAAGAUCUGUCGUCUCUUCUGGGUCUCGCCAAACAGAAGCGAGCAGUACUUUCUUAGGCUCCUUUUGAUGGUCAUUCCGUGCCGGGGAUACGCCGACCUGCUCGCUCGUGGUGGUGAUGGUUGCACGACAUAUCAACAGGUUGCGCGCACCCUCGGUUUGGUUGAGGACGAGGACGAGUACCACCAAGCCCUCAAGGAAGCAGCUCGUUUCAUGGUCGGCCCGAGGCUCCGCUCUUUCUUUGUCCUUCUGUGCAACAUGGGAGCUCCUGCGGCCCUCUUGUGGGAUGCUUUCCGUGACGCAUUGUGCGAAGACCAUUUGGAGCGGAAUCCUCUUGAUCACGAGGUUGCGUACAAGCUGGCUCUGAUUGAGAUCGAUCGAAGCCUUCGACGUCAGGGAUCCUGCUUGGCCGGCCACGGUCUCCCUACUGUAGACGACGACACGACCGAACUGGGGAGGGAACUUCUCAUCUACGGUGAAAAUCGUCAGAGAUCACUUGUAGAUGAGUGGGAACCUAAACUUUCCCGCGACCAGAGGGCGGUCUUCGAUUAUGUUCGGUCUCUACUACAGGGCCAAGUCGAUCGUCGAUCAACAAAAUUGAUUUUCCUUGACGGACCCGGAGGCUACGGCAAGACCUUCCUAAUACACGUAAUUCUCGCUUACGUCCGUAGUCGUAACCAAGUCGCUAUUGCUGUCGCUAGCUCCGGCAUUGCCGCUGGUAAUCUGCCUGGUGGCACGACAGCACAUAGCAUGUUUCGGCUACCACUUGAUCUCGGCGAUGGCACUGGAUAUUGGAACUUGACCAACGGAUCUCAGCGGGCAGAACUCAUCAGAGCCGCACAGCUCAUAGUUUUUGAUGAGGCCCCGAUGGCUCACCGGUACAUUUUUGAAAUCAUCGACAGAUCUCUGCGUGAUCUCAUGAAUUCACCUGAGCCAUUCGGGAAUAAGAUCUUUAUCUGCUGCGGAGAUUUCCGUCAGAUCGCACCAGUUGUUGCCAAGGCUCGUACUCCGGCCGACAUUGCCUGUGUAUCACUGUGUGCGUCAUCUCUGUGGUCAAGUUUCAAAAUCUUUUCUCUCUCCACUCCUCACCGGACUUCUGGGUCCACUGCCUACUCUGACUUCCUCCUCCAAGUAGGCAAUGGAACAAUUUCAUCUGUUCCAUUUGGGGAAGGCCGUGACUCUGUUGCCCUGAUCCCACUGUCCGGUGUGAAAUACGUAACAUCCCUUCCCGACUUGAUAGAUUUUGUGUUUCCUACUUGUGACCUACACCACACAGACAGAAUUGCUGGCAGGUCCAUUCUUUCGACCAUGAACGCCAAUGUCCAGCAGAUCAACAACACCGUCCUCAACCUGAUGGACGGCGUCGUUCAUGAGUUGAGAAGUGCUGAUUCAAUAAGACCUCGUCUGAUCACAGUGCGACUCCCUGGACAACAUGAUCCGAUUUGUAUUCCCCGGAUUCAAUUCGUUUUUCCGUUCGUCGAGGGGUCACUGCUUCGUGUCCGCCGUCUUCAGUUUCCUCUCAUGCUGGCAUAUUCCAUGACUGGCCACAAAAGCCAGGGCCAGACGAUUGAUCGCGUCGGAGUCGAUCUUCGCAGUGACUGUUUCACUCAUGGUCAGUUGUACGUCCUGCUCAGUAGAGUCAGGCAUCCAGACCAUAUAGUCGUCCUUGUCCGUCCCGACCGUGUCCAAGGGGGAAUCGCAUACGCGAAAAAUAUCGUGUAUGACGAUCUCCUCCUCUAA